GUUAAACAAAUAGAAAGCAAAAUAUUAGCACUACCGACAAACAAAUCAAUAGACACGGUUGAGCUGUUUCGUAAAUUAGAUGAAGCAACUGGUCCUUUAGAUACCACCUGGGGUACAGCCAAAGCCUUGUAUUUAGGAAAUAGCACGCUUAUACCAACUAAAACAUAUAUGAAUAUACACGAUCGUGCUCGAAAGGCCAGAGCUUCCAAAUUUUGCAGCAAAUCAAUAUAUGAUGCUUUACAAAAAGAAAAAAAAGCGAUUGUUGGCACCUUUGAGGAGCGGCUGCUGCGGAAGUAUUUAUUAGAAGGCGGACUGAAUGGUUUGGGCUUAAAAGACGAUACUCGUGCAAGCUUGAAGGACGUUUUACUACGUCUAGGAAGGGAACGCGCAAAUUUUAAAAACAAAGUAAACAUAUCUAUGCACAGCUUUGCGCACUUAAUUAAAGAUUACCAAUUGGUUCGCGAUUUUCCGUCUACACUUUUGGAAGCGACUAUAAUUGAUAACAACAACACAAAUCAAGGUCCUUGGAAGUUUACAUUGCAGCCGCAAGUUGUUGAUGGGUUUUUAAAACAUUGCCCGGAUCGAAUACACCGUUGGAAUAUCUGGCGAGCUAAUGUACGCAAAGCCUCCACUCAUAUGGACAAGAGUUUAGAAAAUAGCACACACAUAGAAAAGAUAAGGUCAUUGCGAAAACGGCAGGCCAAUAUUUUAGGCUACCCAAAUUACGCUACCAUGUCCAUGCAGACGAAAAUGGCCAGCAGCAUAUCUAACUUGAAGCAAAUAUUUUCCAAAUUGCUACAAUUCGCAGGACCGGCUCAAUCCGUAGAAAUCGAACAACUACAAAAUUUCGCCACAGCUAGUGGCUUUGAACACAGGUUAGACGUCUACGAUGUUAGUUAUUGGCAGCGCAAAUAUCUUCUAUCGAAGUAUAAACUUGACGAGGAGACUCUUCGAAAAUAUUUCCCAUUGCCGAAAACACUCUCUGGGCUGUUUGCUUUUAGUGAAAGUUUGUUUGGCAUUAAAAUUGUGGAACGUACGGAUGCACAGAUUUGGCAACCUCUUGUAAAAUACUAUGAUGUUUACGACAACGAUCGGGGAUUAAAAUCAGUUGGUGGCUUUUAUAUUGAUUGUUACUCCAAAGAAAAUAAACUUGGAAAAAAUAAUGGAUGGAUGGUCAGCAUCCGUAAUCGUAAUAACUCCGCUAAAUUGUCGCCACUUUGUGCCCUGAUAUUUAAUUUUACCCCGCCAUCAGGGAAUGGGCCUUGUUUGCUUAGUAUGGAUGACUUGCGAAUGGUUUUCAAAACUUUCGGUUCGGCAUUACAGCACAUAUUGACAGAAGCUCCAUUUACGGAUUUAGCUGGCCUGUCAAAUAUUGAAUGGAACGCAUCUCAAGUUGCAGGAUGCGUUCUAAGUAAUUUCCUCGAUAAUCCGUCUAUUUUGAAAACCAUUUCAGAUAGCUAAAAUUGCGGUUCCCUUCCAGAUGACUUAGCCCAGAAAACAAAACUUCUGGGUGAUUGGGGUGCAGCCCAAUUUCGUCAUUUGUAUUCUAAAGUAAUUGCGGCAGACAUUAUGGAGGCCUUUGAAGAUAAUAAUGAGGAUAUGAAUUCAGUAGGUGAAAGAUUUAAGAAAACAUUUCUACCGCUAGGGGGAGCCGUGCCUGCUGCUGAAGUGUUCCGGCGUUUUCGAGGUCGAGAUCCGUCUGUCGAAGCUUUGUUAAAAUCAUUGAACAUCUGGCGAGAUACGCGAACCCCUCACAGUUUAUAAUUUGAUUUUUAAAACCACAAAAUAUGAAAUUGUUUGAAAUUUACUUUUUUUAAUAAAGAAAUUGUGACGCCGCGGAAAUCAACAAAACACCUUCGAAAUGUUGAAAAAUUGCGCAUUCUAUACCCGAUAU